CGAUCUACAGCGGUGGUCUCUGUUCGCCCGGUACACUCAGUCCUAUUCCUCCCUCCCUCCUCGCGCUGUGAACUCGAUCGAGCCCCUCCUCGCAUCAGCAGCAGCGGGCAACACUGCAGCUCAGCUCAACAUCCUCUUGAGGAGACCUCGCAGCGUCUGUUCUCUGCUCUUCUGCUCUGCUCUGCGUCUGCGCUGCGUGAGCCAGCAAGCAGAGGGAGAGAGAGAGAGCCAGCCAGCAGGCAGCUGCCGCAGCAGUAGGCUCUUGCCCAUCCGGGCAGAAUUCACUCCACACCGUGUGCUGCUCGAUUGCUCUUGUUGUGUGUGCGUGCCUCUGCUCUAAGUUAGGAGCCAGCAGGACUGGACUUGGACGAAGAAAGAAGGAGGAGGUCGCGGAGAAGAAGAAGAAGAAGAAGCGGCGGAUUUUGACUAGGCAAGCUGGAGGAGCUUCUUAUAAGCGCUUGGCUUGGCUUUUUUGGCUUGGCUUGGCUAGAGAUUGUGCUUGAAUUUUGAGAAAGAGAUCGCGGGGGUUUUUCUGUGAUCGAUCGGCUGGUUCCACCCAUUCUGCGACGAGAGGUGGCAGAAGAUCUGCUCCGGGCCCGUCCGUUGGACUCUGUUUUCUGUUUCUCAACCGAUCGAUCGAUCUAUCCUGAUCUCGACAGAAAAGAAUUUGCAACCGUUCCAUUCUGACACUACCGAUUCGAUUCACUACAGUAGCUCUACCCAUCGGGAGUAGCGAAAUUCGUCUGUGUCGACAAUCUGUUUCGUCGGAAUUGCCAUUCCCAAUUCAUUCAGGGAAGCUUAAUUACAGCAGGAGUGGCACUUGCGAUCGAGGAAACGGCGAAUAAGAAUCUAUUGGUGUCGAAUCCUGCCUCCACCAGCAUUGCCGCUGGCUUAAUAUAAUAUUACGGUUUAACGUACCGGCUGGGGCUAGCAUCGGGCAGCGCUCUACACUCCUGGAUACUGGACGAUCCAAACUCUUGCAAGUGAAUGUAGAUUACAUUCGUGGUCAUCCAAAAUGAAGGGAGCACGAUCAGUCGCGACAGCUGCGUCCUUGGGGAAUUUGCUCCAAGGAUGGGACAAUGCUGCGAUUGCCGGGGCACUGCUGUACCUCAAGACGGAGUUUCAUCUUGAGGAGAACCCAACUCUCGAAGGCAUGGUGGUUGCGUCCACCCUGAUAGGCGCUGUGGUGAGCACGGCGUGCGCGGGACCAUCGUCAGAUGCGCUCGGAAGGAGGACCAUGUUGUGCGUGUCGGCCUUCUUGUUCGUCUUCGCGGGAAGUCUCAUGGUGUGGUCGCCGACCAUUUACGUGCUCAUCGUCGGGCGCUUCUUCGUCGGAACGAGUAUCGGAUUGGCCGCGACCAUCGUGCCCAUCCUCAUUUCUGAAUCGGCUCCCACGGAAAUCCGAGGGCAGUUAGCAACCCUGCCACAGCUUCUGGGUUCGUCCGGGCUCUUCCUGGCCUACUGCAUGGUCUUCGGAUUCUCGCUCAUGGCCGAGCCCAGUUGGCGCAUGAUUUUGGGCAUCAUUCUCAUCCCCGGAGCCCUCUACCUCGCGCUGUGCGUCUGCUAUCUGCCGGAAUCUCCCAGGUGGCUCGUGAGCAAGGGUCGCAUGCUCGAGGCGAGACACGUGCUUCAGAACCUCCGAGGCGCGGAGCAUGAUGUUUCAGCUGAACUUGCUCUGCUCGUCGAGGGUCUUGGAGUUGGAGCUCAAACGCAGCUGGAGGAAUGGUUGUUGAAGCCAGCCGACAAAUUGGAUGCGCCACAUCCCGACGAAGGUCAGUUCACCCUCUUCGGCGAGGACACAGCGUGGGUCGCGCAGCCUCUGAAGGACGAAUCUGGCUUGAGCCUGCUCUCGAGGCGACCCAGCAUGGACGGCCACAGCAUGCCGUUCGUCGAUGACAUGGUUUCUCUGAUGGGAAGCCUGCAAACAGCCGCAGAAAACCUCCCCUCGGACUUUUCCGAACAUGUUGAAUCGCGAAGAAACUCAUUCUGGGGAGGAGACGAAGAACAAGGUCAGAGAGUGAACGGAGGCUAUCAGUCGGAGGAUGUGGACCAAGGUAUGGUUGGAGAUAUGGAUGAAACUUUGCAAACCCCCCUCCUGAAGGGCCAGAGCAAAACCAACGUGCUGUCUAGACAAGGCUCGAAGAACCUGUCCCGGGGCAAUUCAAUGAGACUAUCCAGAACGAGCUCGCGAAUCGAUGGAAUGUUUGGUGAAGUCGGCAGCGUUGGUGGCAUUGGAGGCGGGUGGCAGCUGGCCUGGAGAACUGAUGGCGAAGAUGGCCGGUUCGAGAGAGUGUUCUUGCUCCAGGAAGGCCAUGAUACCUCGCGAUUCAAUUCGCACAUGUCCCUGCCAGGCAUUGGAGGAGAGGACUCUAUUCAGGCAGCGGCGUUGAUCGGUCCCUCGGUCCAAUUUAGCAAGGAAUUACUCAACGAGCACGCAGUCGGUCCUGCUAUGGUUCAUCCUUCCGAGACUGCUACCAAGGGACCCGCCUGGUCGGAUUUGAUGGACGUGGGAGUGAAGAGAGCUCUGAUCGUCGGUGUGGGUCUUCAAGUGCUGCAGCAGUUUUGUGGAAUCAACGCGGUGCUCUACUUCACCCCUCAAAUUUUGAAACAAUCUGGUGCCGAUGCCAUGGCUGCGAGUGCCGGUAUCAACGCGGACUCCGCCUCCAUUAUGGCCAGUGCCUUCACGUGUCUGAUGAUGCUCCCGUGCAUCUUCCUGGCCAUGUGGCUUAUGGACAAGUCUGGCAGAAGACAACUUUUGCUGUCCACCUUGCCUGUUCUGUGCGUGUCCCUCGUCUGCGUGAUCCUCGUCAACACUCUGGUCGCGCCGGGCUUGUUUCAAGCGAUUGGAUCUUUCAUCGGAGUGGCCACGUUUAUCUGCUGCUUCGUGAUGGGAUUCGGACCGAUUCCGAACAUCAUGUGCUCGGAAAUCUUCCCCACCCGAGUCAGAGGUAUUGCCAUCGGUAUCACGUCCGCAGCCAUGUGGGUAUCGAACGUGAUCGUGUCGUAUGCUUUCCCCAUCGCCAACGCCAAGUACGGGCUGGUGGGAGUGUUUGGAUUUUUUGCCACGAUGAGCUUUGUCGCCUGGAUUUUCGUGUUCCUUAAGGUUCCUGAGACCAAGGGUCUGCCCCUCGAGAUUAUCUGCGAGUUCUUUGCUAUGGCCGGGCAGCAAACGGAGGCGAGAAAGCACCACACGGAAGCCGAGGAGCCCAAUGGGCCGACGAAAAGAGUCUAGAGCUCGAGCGCCAGCACGAGCACGAGCACGACCGACCGCAACAAUGAGCAAUCAUACGACUCUUGGCGAAACCACGAUGUUACGAGAAGAUCGUGACACCGGACUGAUGAAGAGGAGGAGGAGGAAGAGCGGACGAGGAGCAAAGCGGGGAAAAAGCAGUGCAGUUAUCUCCAUGGAAAGCAACAUUUUGUUACAGCUAUAGGCGUGUUGAUACGUGAUGUUACGGUGGGCAUCUUGACAUGAACUGCGUGCCGCCAUCUCACGAGUUCCAAGUCAUGACGAGAACUUGAUGAUUGACAGAGAGUGAGAAAUAGAGAGAGAGAGAGAGAGAGGCAGUGGCUCAUUCCUCUCCUCGUACAAAAUGAUCGAAUGAGCCAAUGGUAAAUGGUUGGAACUUCGGUGGGUGGCGGCGGGCAUGGCAGGGUGUACCCUAUCAGAACUCCUAUAAACAUCAAUCUUUGUGUAAUACUUGCGGCAGUCACAGGAGACUUCUUCACGCUCACAAUUCUCCCACGGACGGAUUGAGGAGGAGAAGGGAAAGUGUUCGCUUGCUGGAGGCCCAGUCAUGUGAAACAUCAAAGUGGAAGUGGGUUGCUCAUGUAUGAAAAUGGAAACACGUGGCAGGAGGAGGCUGAGGGCUCUGUAUAAUGUAUAACAGGGGCGGUGGGCAGGGAGGGAGGGAUGGGAGGGAUGGGAGGGGGCAGAAGGUGAGGAUCAGUUGAUAGUACAGGUAGGGGUGUAAUAACCGCAAGCUGCUACCAAAUGUGGCACUUGCGGAGUGUAGUGUAGCGCGGCACUAGCUGGGCUAGAUGUGGGAUUUUUUUAGGCUAGAGGAAUUAUGGAUGAGUUGCAGAGACUGUGAGCUCGGGGUGAUUUCUGACGACAAGAACGUGGAGGGAUCAUUGUUGGAUGAUGGGAGGGUAGACUAUUUUGUACGAUGCGACUGACGAGCGGAUUUGAUGGACACACACUACCGGUCGGGGCAGAUCUUUCAGUUCGACUCUUGAAACGCUGUGCACCGCAACUGACAAAAUGCACAGCGGCUUCUUGAGUGGAAGUAUUUUGAUUCGGUUUUCAGCAACGAGUGCAGUCUUUACCGUAUCGACGGGGAGAUUAGACUUGCAAUGAACUUCCGCCCUCCCUCAAUGUCACCAAGCUUGCGCACUGUGGUGUGCUACAGGCUCAGAAAUCCCUGGCGGGCUUCAAUCAGAUGUUUAGUUAGUCACGCCAUCGUAGUCCUAGUGUUUUCAGAGUAGCCGUAGUUGGCCUUCUCUUUCCCCUUCCUACUUCCAACCGGCAGCAGGAAUUUGAGUGUGGAAGAUAUUAUAUGUCUAAAAAAUGCCUUCUCUUCUACAACUCUUACAGCUUUGCCUCUGCAGCCAGGCAAAUUUCUAGGGGAUAGGAGGAGUAGGAUAUUCGACCUUCGAAACCCAAAUGGUGUUUCAGAAGUGUAAGAACGUAAUUUCUUGUUUAGUGUAGAUUAGAGGAUUUUCCGACUGGGGAUAUAAUGUGCGAAACGUUUUCGCUUCGCACAUGAUUGUCCAUUAUUUGUAAAAGUCCGUGACUCUUUCUCAUG